AUGCACCCAUUUGUACGUCCAACUCAGCGCUUGCUUUGCCGUGUGGCUGUGCGCGCGACACACUGGCAUUCGCAUCCGCCAUUGUGGACAGCAUCAUGCACACUCUCGACGCAGUCUGCGCGCACGUCUACUACACAUAUGGACGGCGCUGAACAUAAUGGUGGCGCCCACUGGACCGCUGACGUUGAGACCCACCACCAAUCGCGCAAAUCCACGAACUCUGGCAAUAGCUUUAAUCUCUUAAGUGCACACCCUUUGUUAGAUGAAAGACAGGUAUCGGCAGAUGACGUAGCGAUUAGGAAACGUCAGGUCGCUACUAAAAAUCGGCACAGCCGAAAGAAAAGGAACAAUUGCCGGGCUGACAUGGAUCGUGUUUCCUUUCGUGCGUUACUAACCGAAAGUAUGCGCAAUAACAGAACCUCCGCGCAACUUCGAAAGCAUAUGGACGAAUUUCCAAUGAUGGAUAUUAACUGGUCGGACCAAGAACUUGUCAUGAUAGUCUGCGCUCUUAUCAGGAUAAAUCGCAGCGAAAUGGCGCUUGAGCUGUUGCGUAGCCAAAUUGAGGAGCGCCAUUUUGCCGCUAUUAAUCUUGAAAAUAGGGAUCGUGUCAAUCGUGUUGCAGCUGCAAGUGCGAGGAUGGGCAAUGUAACAGUGGCGUUAGGCGUACUAGAGAUCGCAAAGCAUCUAAAGCUACAGCCCGAUGUCAUUACGUAUACUAGUGCCAUUCACGCUUGCGCUCGCGGUGGGAGAUCUGACCCUAAUGCACGCACGUAUGGCGCGAUGAUAUUGGCGUAUGCGCGACUAGAACGCUGGGACGAAAUCUUAAAUCUCCUGAAUUCAAUUCCGUACAAGGACGAUGCGCACAAGAAGGAGGUAUUUACGUGCGCAAUUAUUUCGUGCUCACGCAAUCGCCAGCAUUAUUACGCGUCCAGGCUUUUUGAGUUGUUGCUUGUCGACGGUGUUUAUCCGGGUGACAACGUUUGCAACGCCGUACUUAGCUCGUGUGCACGAAUUUCUGACCUAACACUGCUUCACCGCAUUUUCAAGCUGGUAGAGAAUCAUGCAAAUCCUUCGAUAUACUCGUACAACUGUAUGAUUUCGGCGUAUGGAAAUGUUUGCAACAUGGAGAAGGCGCUCGAAGUGUUUCAGAACAUGCAAAAGGAUGUGAACGUUUCACCAGAUAUUGUCACUUUUAACUCUUUGCUACUUGCUGCGGUGCGUUCGCGAAAGGUGAAUAUGUUUUCUUUUAUCCUGUCCCAGAUGGCUGAGGUAGGAAUCGAGUGGGAUGCUUACACGUUAAACACCUUGCUAGAGGGCUGUUCUUUGAAUGGAGACGUUGAUUUGGCUAAGCAAUUUUGGUCUUUUGCGACACAAAGAAAGCAAAUUGGGUCCGAUGUGUCUUCAAUGGUCAAACAUAAUGUAAAUGUGGACCGCGGGCACUACGAGACGAUGAUGGCUGUGCUGCAUGCUGCGAAACAACAUAAGGCAAUCGUGGAUUUGUGGCAGAGAGAUAAGUUGUGUCGUCGCCGCGCUAAAAGCUCGAAAGCUCUCAAUUUUCUCAUUUGUGCGUGCAAAGGUCUUCAAGACGACAAGACAGCAACGGCAAUUGUGGCUGAGUUUGUUGCUCGGGGUCAUCCUCUUUCAUCUAUCUCACACCACCACAUGCUGGAAGUUUAUCUAGCUGCUGACGAUUUUAAUGCUGCGUCAGCCCAUUUUAAUGAAAUGAUGAAGUCGGAUGGUUUGGUGUCCACUUUCUCAUUCACCGCGCUUGUGAAAUAUCUGGCUGGAAAAGGUCACCACUCGAAUGUGCUUAAGAUAUUUGAUAUGUAUUCAGAGGCUUGCGAUUUCCCAUCGAAAAGACAGAAUCCGUUGCUCCAUUACCCAGCUGAUGCCAUUUACAUGUUGGCGAUGCGGUCAGCAGUCCAUUCCGAAGAUCACGAAGCAGUGCUUGCCAUUUACGGCCGCUUGCCAGCCAUAACGUCAAUGGCGGUACGAGCUGAAGUACUUAAACUAGCUGUUUCGUCUUGCGAACGCGAAGGGGAUUGGCGCACUGCUGUCACAAUGUACGACGAGGUGACUGGAAUGCUGGAUGAAGGCACGAAUGUGGAGUUGUACAAGCACGUUGUCAAGAUUGUUGCCAGUGCUGGAGAGUACGAUCGUGCUCUUGACGUGGGCGGCGGUCAAUGGUACCGAGUAAAUCGGCCCGACCAACGUUGGGAGCAUGAAAAAAGUUCUGAGCUGGUUUAG